AUGACAUUUGACAAUUUGAUUUUGAUUGCGAAUUUGAAAAUUGUUUUAUUUUAUUUCUUUAUCAAAUAACUAAACAAUUGCUUUGCAUAUUUUACUAUUACGUCUUAGAGAAUUGUUUGAAUUAUUAAAUCUUUCUUAUCUCAAGGCAAGGCUCAGUGAUUACGCGUUUUACGUUAGUCUAAAAAACUGUCAUUCCGUUAUUUUAUAUUUCUUUAAUAACAUUAAUUUUGAAAUGUCGUCAAACAAAUUAUUCCAAGGAGUUAUAGACAGAUAUAAUGGAAUUACUGUGGACUCUCAAGAUGAACCUUGUGAUCAAAAUCAAUUUUUGGCUCAGCUGAUAAGUUCCUUAAAAACUUGGGAUGAGGAGCAAAGGAGAUGCAUUUGGUUCAAAGUUCACAUUAAAGAUGCAGCUUGGGUACCAGUACUAGCUAAUGAAGGAUUUAACUUUCACCACUCUAGAAACAAUUUUGUUAUGAUGUACAAAUGGCUCCUGAAGAAUAAAGCAGCUAACCUACCACCUGCCAGUCACACUAACCUAGGUGUGGGGGGCUUAGUAUUUAAUGACAACAAUGAAAUACUAGUGGUGACAGAGAAACAUUUUGAGUAUGCCCAUUGGAAGCUCCCUGGUGGAUAUGUAGAAAGAGGAGAAGACAUCAAGGAUGCAGCAAUACGAGAAGUGAAAGAAGAAACUGGCGUUGACACUGUUUUUGAAUCUAUGAUUACUUUGAGACAUACUCAUAAUGCAAUGUUUGGUAAUUCAGAUAUUUACAUAGUGGUCAUGUUGAAAGCUACCUCAAUAGUUAUAACAAAAUCAGAAGAAGAAAUCAAGGAGUGCAAGUGGAUGAAAGUGGAUGAAUAUCUGAAACAUCCACAUGCACAUGAGUUUAACCGCUUUAUUGUAAAACAAGCUUUACAUUUAAUAGAAAAUAAUAUUAAAUUCGAUCUUGUCAAGAGUAAUGUUAAAGUCGGAAGUUGGUGCAGAGAUAUAACAUCACUUGUGGUAGACGUUUCGUCUGUGCAUUAAUAAAUUAAGUUCCCAUAAAUUGUUAGAACAAAAUAAACAGAGAUAGAACUAUUUUUUCACUACUCAUGCUCAAAAAUACUGUCAUAUUACCACUCCACAGCGGGGCUAAACAUGCAUUUUAGCCUCUAGGGCCUAGUAAUUUUGUUUUUUUAAUUCUUGUCUGUUACGAGUACUAGCCAAGUACUAGCCUACUAUAAAACGGAGGAGGUUUUAUUCGGCCCGGAUUGUUUUGAAAAAUAAAUAUAAAACUUUAAAUUGGAAUGAGAUGCAGCGUUCUUGUCUGUGGAAUACGUUUAUUUUUUUUAUUAAUUUUUAUUGAGUUGCGAGAUUUGAAGACAUGGGACAACCUUUACGGUGUACCUUUGCCUUUUUUCAUGUGAAAAAAAUUAAAUUGAAAAGCGAGAAUUUAAAAAAUAAUUGGCAUGAAUAAUACACACAUGAUUUUUUUCAGAAAUUCAUUGUAAAUUUGUGACCGUAACUUACAUAUUUUUCAACAAUAAUUGUUAUUGUUGUCUUCACACUAGAUGAAGACAACAAUAACAAUUAUUGUUGAAAAUUGGAAUGGUGAUCCUAAUUUGGAGAUGGAUGAAAUUUUCAAUCUGUUACCAUCAAAGUCGAGACGCAUUUACUUAAAUAGGUACUUACCUACGAAAAAUUUUAUAAGUGGAGAAAACAACAACGAAUGGAUUCACUUACGAAAGGAGUUUUUUAAACUAUUAUCUCCCACGUUUAUCUUACAUACUAAUUAUUUUAUCUUCACAGUAGUCGGAAAUUAUGUUACUGGGUAAAAGCAUCUCCCUUAAUAUCCAAAAUUGUAGACUUUGUAUAUUUAAUUUUCAAUUAAAAUAAAUCAUUGAAUAUUGUACGAAACUAUUUUAUUUUCUCGCAAUCGUAGUGAAAAGCAGAGUGUAACACGUGGGGCUAAACCCAUUAUAAACUCGGUUUCUAUUUAGGCGGCCCUCGCCUUACGUCUCGGGCCCUAAAAAUACCUCAUAAUGAGUCUUUUUUAGCCCCUUGUAUAACAAUCUACUAUUUUAACUGAGCUCAGCCAUAGGUAAUCUAAAUGUUAUUUAUAACCGACUGAAAAAAAAUUAAGUUUAAAAACUAUACUACGUAAAAAACGGUCUAAAAAGAACGAAACAAGAAAAUAUUUCAGAUUGAACUAGAGAAAUGCAUAGGAAGAAAAAUGGUCAUGGUAUAGCCGUGGUCCUACCCUUUUUACGUAGUCGGGUUAUAGUUUUUAAACUUUAUUUUUAUUUAUUAAAUUCGUUUCCGUUACCCGAUUGAACCUAGCCUUGUAAUAUCUACUAGUAAGUACCUACGAGGAUCUACAUCGUCGUUUCAGAUAAGAAACGGCUUGACUGCGGAACUUUACGAUCGCAUUUUAAAGAUACAUUUUGACUUAAACAAUAUAAUAUAUAUACAUAUUUUUAAUGUGCUCGCCAAGACCUUUCGUUGAUACCAAACGCAUAGUUAUUAUCUCGGUUUAUUUUUUUUGAGGUUAGAAUAUGAGGUUUAAAUUCCGUCAUAUAGUUUUUUUAAAAUAUAAAAAUAUAAUAUAAAAUUUAUAUAGCCUAUGUCUCAACUUGAAUUAUUACGAAUCUUUUGGCACCUCAUUUAUUAAAAUCGGUUCAGUAGUUUAGGCACUACGGUGGAACAAACAUACAUACAUACAUAUAUAGACUGCCAAAAUUCCUUUGCCCUUCCUUUUGGCUUCGCCGUAGUCGGGUAAAAAAAGAGGAGGUUAUCAAUUCGUCGGAAUCUUUUUUUUUUAUGUAUGUUCACCGAUUACUCGAAAAUGCCUGAACCGAUACAGUUACCUUGUGAACCGGUUUACAACAGUUACCUUGUGUUUGUACUUGAUUAAUUUGUGUCGACAAGAACUUUCCACCUAGGUGAGUUGUGACUGUCAUUAGGGGUCUGGUGAUGGAGACGAGGGACAAUUAAGGGAACUCCUCAACGGUUUACAGUAGCUACCUUGUGUUUGGGCUUGAUGAAUUUGUAUUGAUGAGAACUUUACAUCUAGAUGUGUUGUGAUUAUCAUUAGGGAUCUGGUGAUGAAGACGGGAGACAGUUAAGGGAACUCCUCAACGGUUUACAGUAGCUAUCUUGCGAUUGGGCUCGAUUAAUUUGUAUUGAUGAGAACUUUACAUCUAGAUGUGUUGUGAUUAUCAUUAGGGGUCUGGUGAUGAAGACGGGAGACAGUUAAGGGAAUUCCUCAACGGUUUACAGUAGCUAUCUUGCGAUUGGGCUUGACCAAUUUAUAAGUUCAUAAGAACUUUAUAUCUAGAUGGAUCAAUAGGAACAAAGAUUUUGAAUGUUGUCAUAUAGUUUCGGAGACAAAAUUUCUAAAAGAUGCAAAAAUGCCGCUAAUAGACGCCCCGCGGUUUCACCCACAUAGUUCCUGUUUCCGAAAGAACACAGAGUAAAAGAAUCAUUAAUAUUUAGGUUAUAUAAUAAUUGUAAGUUAUUUAUAACUCUUUCCUGUUAAUAAUCCUUUGUUUGUAUAGUAGUAUAAAUACUUAAUCUUGGCUCCACUAGGCUAGAGUACGUUAAACGGCAUAACCGGCUACCACUUUUAUGUCGUAGAGUGUUCGGCACGGAAUUCGAACUGUUCGUCGCGUGGUUGUAGAUGGGGCAAUGGGGCAUGAUGUGCAGCAGGAGCAGUUUUUCGAAGACUUUUGAGGUGGUCGAUAGCAAUGUGAUAGGGCGGUAAAGGUGUGUAUUGUUAUUGGGGUACUGAAUUAUAUAGCUUUAGAAGCGUUCGCAUACUCUUAUAUUUAUUCAAGUAAGAUACGAUAAUAGUAAACAAGGACAGACUUACAAUUAGACAGAGAUAGACUAAAACUUAGAGUGAGACAAGUAUAUACAUUAAACAAGGAACACAGAUAAGACAAGGAUAGCAACAUUGUAGGCUUAUUUUCUACAAGGGCGACGAGCAGUGAAAAAGUAAUAAUAUAAUGUAUUAACUUAUAGCUAAGGGUAGUAAAAGCCAAAUAAUAUGAACGUUUAUUGACAACUUAUAGCUAAAGAAUGCAAGUUAAAGUGUACGUAAGCUAUUUACAGUCAAAUUGGUAUUCUGCUAGAUCAAAGUAUCUUACUCUAAUGUCAAAGUAUAUAUUGCUUAAAUAACUAAACAUAUGCUUAAUCAAUCUUCAACAGAACUACUUAUAUAUAUAGUAUCGGAAUAUAUAUAUUUUAUACUAUAUAUAUCUAAGUAUCGGAAACAUGAAUUGUUGGUUUAGACACUAAUAAUUCUUAACACUAACACUUGGACUCUGCACGAAGGCGCGCUAUGGAUAGUGAAGAGGAGGAUCGCAGAGGGCCUGCGGGGUCUCCCUUUACCCCGCGUUCCGCCCUAUCUCGGACCCCGCCUUCAGGAUUUGCAGCGCUCAGACCAGAGGAUGACAUGGCGAUCACGCCAACCGUUGCUUCGGGUCGCCCUCAGCCGCCUACUGCUGCCCUGAAGCGCCCACUCACGUCGCCGGGGGAUCACCAGCCGACUGAAAAGGUGCGCUUGUGCCGACCUGGUAUGCAGGCGCCCCCGCCACCGGCGCCGCAGAUGCAGCGCCGUCAGAUAACCGCUGCAACUCCGUCGCAGCCGACCUCUGACUCGGAGGAUGAGCAAGGGGCCAAGAAACGGGCGCUAAUGACCUGCUCAAAGUUGGAGUUGUUGGACCAAGUGAACAACGAGCUCCAAUCUAUCGGCUCGGUAAUUAGCAGCUCACUAUCGAGACUAAACAAGGAGAGCACCAACUCAAUUAGAAACAGCGUCCAAGACACGCUGGCGGUGGUCGCAGCCCUCACUUUACGGCUAGCUGAAACGGAGGCUGAACUAGGCCGCGCCCAACUUAAAAUAGCAAACCUGGAGGCCCGCGCCCUUAUGAUUGUCAUAAGGCCCCCCCCCCCCCACCUGUCCCAGCUGUAACUCCAGUUGUUCCGUCAUAUUCGACGGCGCUAAAAACAUCGAGGAAAGCCGGUUCGGUCCCCAUCCCCCAAGCUCAAGGCCCCGUGCUCGUAUUCUAUUCGGCUGCCGAGAGCGCAGACAAGCUAAAGACGGCCGAGGACACUAAGACGGAGUUGAAGAGAGUUGUAGACCCGCGUGCUCUUGACGUACAAGUCACUAGGGUGCGGAAAGUUGGGAACGCUGGAGUGAUAGUGCAAACGACCUCAAAGGAGUCCGCUGUCCGCCUUCGUAGCGCUGCCCCUGCGACAUUGCGUGUCACGGAGCCUAAACUAAAUCAGCCUCGGCUCUGCAUCAGAGGCGUCGAUGGGGACCCGUCACCGGAACAAGUGGUAUCAGCCUUACUUAUCAGCCUACCUUACUGAUCGAAGCUGACUCCAGGCGUGCGAGUGAGCGCACUGCGAACUGCUUCGGCAAGAUUUCGCGUGUGUCUACCACCUCUUGGGGUGUUAGGUACCCUGCGCUGCGGAUCCUCUACUACGGCACCUUUGUCACGUAUGCUGCGGCGUGUUGGGCAGAGAGGGCAACGCUCUACGUCGUUCGGACGACCCUUAUCAGGGCCCAAAGGCCGGCCUUGGUCCUUCUGACCAAGGCCUACCGCUCGAACAGCGCCGCCGCGCUCGCCGUUCUGGCGGGCGUGUUGCCGGCAGACCUCGAGGUGAUCCGUGCUGCCAGGCUGGAUGCGGCGCGUAGUACCGCGGCCAAAAGGGAGUGGAGCCGGCGCAAGCAGGACAUUGGGUUAGGCAUAACCCGCGAGUGGCAGGAGCGAUGGGCAAAUGAGACUAAAGGUAGCUUCGUCUUCGUCGAACUUCGUCGAUUCUUCCCGGACGUGGCUGGCAGACUCAGGGCGACCUGGGUCGCGCCGGACUAUGAGACCUCGCAGAUACUGACGGGUCACGGCUGCUUCCGGAAGCGUCUUCGUGACAUGUGCCUCAGCGAGUCUGGUGACUGCGCGUGUGGGCUGGCGGAGGAAGACCUCCACCAAGUUCUGUGGGAAUGUGCUGAGUACGAGGACCUCCGGAGCGCAAUGUUGGAAGGGAUCGUGAGAGAAGAGGCGGGACCGGUACUAUCGGGAUCUCGGUAGCUCGGCGGUCAACUUCGGCAAGCUACGGGAGUUAGCGCAUCGGUGGUACGCGAGGCGGAGCGCUCUGGACCGUGGACCACAAUAGUCGAAGGUGAUGCAGAAUCAGGCGUGGACCGCGGCGGGCAUAGGGAUCUCAACGUCGUAUGUCGUCCAGCCCCAGAAGGGGGAGAGUGAAGAAAAGGGACAAGGAACGAAAAGAGAAAUAACUUGUAGGGAGUCAAGAAGGCGUCCCGGGAACAGCACAGAGCAAGUACCGGGUUCGCCCUCCCUCGAUUCGGCCCAAAUAACCGAGAGGUUGAAAGGGCCAUGGGAGGAGGUGGGUUGUCCCCCGCGGCGAACGGACGUGUUUGCGCGAGCUCCGCGAAUUUUAUUAUCUUAUAAAAUCAUUUCCUCGGAGAUAUUACUACUACGCCAAAGUGAAAGUGCUCAGUGUGCUUGUGAUAACGCCGCCUACCCCCUGGUUGGACGUUCAUCCCUCGGGAGCACAGGUAUUACGAGACAGGACUCUAUUAGUUAAAUUAGGUUAGUUUAGAAUAAUUUCACAUAAGUUCUUAGACUGUGGAAAGACGUUUACUCUUGUAAUUACUCGUAUUUAUUUGUGUUAUAUUAAUUAGAUUUCUUUUAGGGCAUUCCCGUGUACUAGAGUAGGUUAGAUUUAGGUUAGAAUAGGCCACCACGUGUUUCGCAUAUGCGAGCACGUGGUUUGUAGGUUAGGAAGUACACGAGGCAAGGAAGACAAGUGACAUUGACGCUUUGACAGUUGACGGCUGCCACUCGACAGCUGUCAGUUGUCACUUAGUGGUGGCGCUUGGCAAGUGACGUUGUCACAUUGACUUUGAUAGCUGACACCUGCCACUUGACAGCUGUCAGUUGUCACUCGGUGGGGCACAGACGCUGAAUUGCUACAGGUCGGACCGACUUGAGUCGGUCAGGUCCUAGAGCGAAUAGGACCGAUACGCGUACUGCACACAGUCAUUACGUGUACGGUUACGUGUACCUGGACUUUGUAGUUUUUGCAAGGCCAAUACACGAACUCUGCCCCGCACUUGGGAGUUCUUCCAUCAUGAACCCCGAAGAGGCGGGUCAGGCCGACUCUCCCUUUGCGCCACGGACAUCGCUGGCCCGGACCCCUCCUUCGGGUUUUGCAUCGGCGCGAAGCGAAGAUGACAGUAAGUCAGACUUCUACACCCCGGCUGCUCACCAAAAGAGCCCGCGUGCCCACCAUGCCCCAUUACCAGCGCGGAAGACUGGCGUCAAGCGCCCUUUGACUUCUCCGGAAGAGCGAGGGCGGGCACCGGACGCUGUUCGUCUGUGUCGCCCGGCCCGUACCGUGACGCCACCACAUCCUGCUGCAGCGCCUGCGUCGCCGCGGACCCAUGUCCACCCCACCCCUUGCGGGCCUGCAUGUGGGUCACCCCAGGGAACGACCGGACCCAGAAACCACAGAACCCGAGACGGAAGAUGAUGACGCCCCUUCUAACUCGCUGGCUUCGGCCAGCAAGACGAAGCUGCUUGACCGGGUGCACAAUCAGUUAGAGCAGGUGAUGGCCGCUGUAACCGGCCCUACUUCAAGGCUAAACAAGGAGGCAACAAACACAAUUGCUAGCAGCACUCAGGAAAUCCUCGCGGUGGUUGCUGCGCUCACCCUGCGCUUGCGAAAUGGAAACACAGCUUCUGCAGGCUAAACUGAGGGAGACUCAACAUAAAGUUAAAUCAGGGGCACCCGCUGCAGACGCUCCCCUGACAGCACCAGUCUCGUAUUCCUCGGCCCUACGAUUGGGCAGGAAGGCUGAACCGGUCCCCAUCCGACAGGGUGGACCUGUCCUGGCAUUUUACCCGGCCGGAGACCAAACAGGGAAGAUCAAGACUGCGGAAGAAACCAAGGCCGAGCUUAAGAGGUCAAUUAAACCAGCGGAGAUAAAUGUCCAGGUGGCAAGGGUCCGCAAGGUGGGAAACGCAGGGGUGGUCGUCCAGACCACUUCACCCUUGGCGGCCGACAGGCUGCGGAACGCAGUCCCACCCACGCUGCGUGUCACGGAACCCACAAGGAGGUCGCCUAGAAUCUGCCUAAGAGACCUCGACGGGGAUCCAGCAGAGAACGACGUCCUCGCGGCCAUAUAUGAUCAGAAUCUGCGGGCCUCUUCAGAAUGGUCCCAUGAGAGGGUCGCUAAGGAAGGGAAAGUCUAUAAGCGCCGAGGGCGCAGAGCUGGAUCCACCACCGUCAUCAUAGAGUGCUCGCCCGCCUUGCGUGAUGCCCUGGUUAACAAAGGCCACCUGUAUAUCGGGUGGCAGUCGGUGGAAGCCCUGGACCACGUCCAGGUGACAUGCUGCAACAAGUGUCAGCAAUACGGCCACCCGGAAAAAUACUGCAGGGCCACAGCGGCGACCUGCGGCAAGUGCGGUGCCACUGGGCACCAGAAAGCAGAAUGUCAGGCGCCUACAGCCCAGUGCGCGACUUGCCACAAGUUUGGCCGUACGGACGCCGCCACCCACACUACGGCGUCAAGAUCAUGUCCAGCGCGCCGCUACGCCAAGGAAAGGGCCGUCGCAAGCACUAAUUAUGGCUGAGCUCAGGAUUGGGCAACUCAACCUAAACGGCACAAGACUUGCCACUCAAGAAUUGCCGGCCAUUGCCAGAGAGCAGCGCCUGGAUGUUGUUCUUGUACAAGAACAAUACUCCCAGGCGCAGCCAGACCUAACCUUAAUACAAAGCGAGAGCUCGGCCAUGGCGGCUGUAUAUGUAUCAUCGCGGCGGUUUAGUGUGGCGGCCUUGCCGCACUUGUCCAAUAAACACUGCGCAGUCGCCGCUGUGCGGGUGGGUAACUGGGAGUGUGCGGUUGUCUCCGCAUACUUCCAGUACUCACACCCCAUAGAUGGACACCUUUGCCACUUGGAGAGAGUUCUGGAUAGCCUGCAAGCAGCAGAAGAAGGGCGACGGUUCAUUGUCGGGGCAGACGUCAAUGCCCACUCGCCGCUAUGGCAUAGCCCACGACGGCAUCUAGUGGGGAGGGGCGCCGAAGCGGAGCAUCGCCGCAAGUCAAUGGAGGAGAUGAUUGGGUCCCGUAGCAUGAUUGUGAACAACAGGGAAAACCAACCCUUCACAUAUAGCGGUCCAAAUGGCGAGUCAAUGAUGAGAUGAGACAAUGAUGUUACCCUCAUCACAAGAAGUGCUCACGUAAAUGACUGGCAGGUGCAUGUGGGCGUGUCGUCGAGCGACCACCGUCUCAUCACAUAUACACUGACACCACUGCGCUCACGAGUCGAAGAGUGCGCUGAGCCGAUGGUGGGUGAGCCGCCGAGGUUUCGGGUAAGUGGGGUGGACUGGCCUCGUUUUCUCGCGACGGUUGGCGCCCGCAUGGGUUAUCUACCGUCCCAUAGACCAGCGUCGGUUCUAGCAAGUGCCUUCACUGAGAUAGUUGUGCGCUCGACGCACGAGUGUCUCCAUUCAUGCGCGAAGAAAACCACCACCAGAGAAAAUUAAGGCUCAGGCACCAGAGAAAAUUAAGGCUCAGGCCAAAUUCUACAAAAGGCGCGGCCGUGAGGGCACUACGAACGUCGUAGUAGAGUGUUCGCCGGCACUUAGAGAACGUCGUAGUAGAGUGUUCGCCGGCGCUGCUGAAGAAAGAGCGAUUGUAAAUCGGCUGGCAGGCAGUGGAAGUGGUGGACUACCUACAGGUUACCUGUUGCGCCAAGUGCCAGAUGUACGGGCACCCCGAAAAAUAUUGCAGAGCGAAGGAGGACACCUGCGGCAGGUGCGGCCUCACCGGGCACAGAAAGGAAGCUUGUAAGGCCGAGACGACAAGAUGCGCCACUUGCCACAGAUUUGGCCGUGAUGGCGCUGGCCUCCACCCCACCGCGUCAAGAGACUGCCCGGCAAGGAACUACUAAAUAUCUAAACGGCGUGGAAUUGGCCAAGAGCGAGCUUCCGUCGCUCGCCCGGGAGCUGGGGCUGAACGUUGUUCUUGUCCAAGAACAGCACUCUCAGCCCCUCCCCGAUCUCCUCCAGCACGGAGAAUCAGCGAUGGCCGGCAUCCUAGUGGUCGCCUCAGACGUGGCUGUGGUGGUCCUCGACCACCUAUCCACCAGGCAUUGCACUGUCGCCGCGGUGAGGAGGGGAGCCCUGGAAGUCCUACUUUCAGUACAGUGAGGAGAUCGACGAAGCGUCUGCGUGACAUGUGCCUCAGCGAGUCUGGUGACUGUGCGUGUGGGCUGGCGGAGGAAGACCUCCACCACGUCCUGUGGGAAUGUGCUGAGUACGAGGACCUCCGGAGUGCAAUGUUGGAAGGGAUCGUGAGAGAAGAGGCGGGACCGGUGUACUACCGGGAUCUCGUUAGCUCGGCGGUCAACUUCGGCAAGCUACGGGAGUUCGCGCAUCGGUGGCACGCGAGGCGGAGCGCUCUGGACCGUGGACCACAAUGAGUCGAAGGUGAUGCAGAAUCAGGCGUGGACCGCGGCGGGCAUGGGGAUCUCAACGUCGUAUGUCGUCCAGCCCCAGAAGGGGGAGAGUGAAGAAAAAGGGAAAUAUGGCGGGCAUUUAUGUAUCGUCGCGGCGCAUUAGUGUGGCGGCCUUGCCGCACUUAUCAGACAGCCACUGCGCAGUUGCGGCUGUACGAGUGGGUAACUGGGAGUGUGUGGUAGUAUCCGCAUACUUCCAGUACUCGCACCCCAUUGACGGCCACCUAUGCCACCUCGAGGAGGUCCUGGACAACCUCCAAGCAGCAGGCAUCGUCGGGGCAGACGUUAAUACACACUCGCCGCGCUGGCACAGCCCCCGACGGCACUUAGUUGGUAGAGGCGCCGAGGCGGAGCAUCGCAGAAAAAGUAUGGAAGAGAUGAUCGGGUCCCGCGGCCUCACCGUAAACAACAAAGAGGGACAACCAUUUACGUAUAGCGGCCCGAACAGUGUGUCGAACAUCGAUGUCACCCUCACCACAGGAAGCGCACAUAUUAAUACUUGGCGAGUGCACGUUGGUGUUUCAUCAAGCGACCACCGCCUCACAACAUACACACUGACACCAAUGCGAUCGUGCAAACGACCUCCAAGGAGUCUGCCGUCCGUCUACGCAGCGCGGCCCUUCAAACCCUACGUGUCAGUGAGCCAAAGCGUAACCAGCCAAGGCUCUGCAUCAGGGGCGUCGACGGUGACCCUUCUCCGGAAAGCGUAAUUGAGGCCAUACAUGACAUAUGGCGCCUAUUCAUAGGCUGGCAAGCGGUUGAGGUACUUCUGUCGCUCGCGCGGGAGCUGGGGCUGGACGUUGUUCUUAUCCAAGAACAGCACUCUCAGCCCCUCCUCGGCCUCAUCCAGCACGGUGAAUCCGCUAUGGCCGGCAUUAUAGUAGUAGCGUCGGAUUUGGCAGUGGUGGCUCUUGACCACCUGUCCACUAGCCACUGCACGGUCGCCUUGCUGAAAAGGGGUGCCCUGGAAGAGGCGCUAAUAUCGAGCUACUUCCAGUAUUGUGAAUCGAUAGACGGGUACUUGGCGCACGUUGAGAAGGUGCUGGACUCCCUAGGGCGUGGAGUCCCUAUCAUCUUUGGCGGGGAUGUCAACGCGCACUCUCCAUGGUGGUACAGCCAGCCCCAGGCAGAGGUCCGGAGGUCGAACACCGCAGAAGGUCCGUUGAAGAAUGUGUAAAUCUUUUGUAGUCACGUAAAUUUUUUGAUAAUAUGCUUUUUGAUUGCAGCUUAGUAUCAAGUUUGUUAAUUGCCAGUGUUUAAGUUGUUAAGAUGACGCAAUAAUCAACGAUAUUCAUAUAAUCCUAUUUUUAUGGUUUGGGUUAAGUGUGCGCAGAGGCCUGUCGUGUAAGUGUGCGCAUGCGCACACUUAUCCCGUUUGCAUUUUUUUGUACAUGUGGUGCUAUGUUUUGUUUCAGCGUACAAAUUUAAAGUGACAAACACCAGUUCAGCCCCCACUGUCACCAAUUCAGCAUUUUCAACUAGCAAAGAAUUCAUACUAUUGUCGUCUAUACAAGCUCUACCGAAAUUUUUAAAUUAAAUAUCGUAAGUAAAUCUCUACAGUCAACAAACAUGGAUCUUGGUAAAUGCACAGAAAUGUUGAAAAAAUGCUGCAAUUUCUUGGAAGACUACAGAAAUACAGGCUUUAAAAGCGCUAUUUUAACUGCGAAGGAGUUGGCCGAAGAACUAGAAAUUGAACCUGUGUUUCGAGCUACAACAAGAAUUCGACGUAUUCACACGACACUAUAACUUCUCCAGAAAAAAAAAAUUGAGGUUGAAUUUUUCAACUGUCUUUUGUACACUACAUUAAUUUCAGUUAAUGAAAGGUUCGAACAACUAAAUGAGUACUCAGAAGUUUGGUCUUUUUUGUACAAUAUUAAACAGGUUCCAGAAAAACCCGAUCUUGUCAAGCUCUGUAGUGAUCUCCAAUUAAAAUUAACUGUAGACUCUAAAUCAGAUAUAGAUGGUUGUAUGUUGUGUGAUGAACUUUUAAGUCCAAAUGUAUCGAUUGCAUUGCGAAUAUUAAUGACUAUACCUAUAACGGUUGCUAGUGGGGAGCGGAGUUUUUCAAAACUGAAGCUGAUAAAAACCUAUCUUCGAUUAACAAUACCUCAAUCUAGAUUGACAAACUUAGCUACUUUGUCAACUGAAAACGAAAUUGCUGAAAACAUCGACUUUGACAUCCAUAUAUAAAAGAGUUCGCUGAUAAAAAGGCCAGAAAAGUAAAAUUUUAUUAGUUUUUUUUUUCAGUAAACGGUUAUUUUUUGUAAUAAAUAAUUAUUUCUUUUUAUAAA